GAUCUCGCCGAAAACUCGAGGCGCACCAAGACGAAUCUCUUGAAUGGUAUGGCACCUAAUUCGAAUUUUACAUCACACAAUUUAACCUCAUUUAACCAAGAAAGUUUAGAGGACGAAUUUACAAAGGUCUCAACCACGCAGAGAAAACAAUUACGCCAACUGCGACAAUUGAACGAACAAACUUACGUUAAUGAUGAUUGCAUAGAAUUCGGAAAAUUCGGAAAAUCCAAACAGCACAGAACAUCAACGAUUUUAGACUUGGAAUCGCUUGUUAUCGGGAAUUUUAAAGUGGGAAACUUUGAAGAAUCAUCUGACAACCGUAAAAAUUCGACGAUCGAAGCGAGCUUUCAAAUUUUGACAAUGAAGUUUGACCCAUUGACGGAAGCUGUUUGUUUCGAGCUAGGGGACGACAGGUUGGACAUACAGGUUGCAGGGAUCGAGGAAUACAGGAUGGACGGAAGGUUGAUCGAAUUGAAAUUAUGCGUUGAUUUGGUAAAGUGGGUCUUACCAGUGAGAAGAAUCGAUUCUCUCGGCAAUGUGAAAAUAUCAGUCGAUCCAACACAUGGCGAGUUAUUCAAGGUCGAUAAAAUUGUAACCAAAGUAUUAUCAUGGAUUCCAGAAGUAAAGUUGAAUAAGGUUCAUAUGGAGUUUAGUUGCUUGAAGGAAAAUCCUUUACCUGUUUCCACAAUCAUUUGUAAAGGUGACACCAAGGUAUUUCCUAAAUCAAGCCUAUACGAUUUCGUGUAUCAAUUUCUAUCGAUACUUGACCAUUUUCUCAUAAUGAUUCGCAGAAAACAUUCAUGCAAUGAAAUUAAUCUGCCAUUGAGGUAUGUUCUGGGAAGCGAAAUUUUGGAAAUUUGGAAUGAAGAUGAUUGGGAUUUUUGUAAAUUAGUUUGCGAGAAGAAGGAAUAUAGCCGAUUGGAAGAUUUUAUAACCGAAAAAUGUGUAUUGGAGAUUUAUAUCGAUGAUGUAGAGGGAAAAAACUAA